CCGGCCUCCGUUCAUUCAUUCAUCCCGCUCCCACCUCUCUCCAAGCCUUUCCUGUCCCAGCCUCCUCCCCACAGCCUCCCUCCCCCCACCUCCCCCCGGACCUCGCUGCGUUCUCGGGGUUCUUAGCGCAUCCAUGGAAGUUUAGGGCCUGGACAGUGGCCCCGAGUCCGGCCUGAGAUCGCAGCCCGAGCUGCCGGCUGGGAAGAGGAAGAUGUCGGUGCUCAGGCGGAUGAUGCGGGUUUCCAAUCGCUUUCUCCUCGUCUUCAUCUUCAUUUUCUCCCUCUCCUCGUCCUGUCUCUACUUCAUCUAUGUGGCUCCAGGCAUAGCCAACACAUAUCUCUUUAUGGUACAAGCUCGAGGUAUAAUGUUGAGAGAAAAUGUAAAAACAAUAGGACAUAUGAUCAGGUUGUACACAAAUAAAAAUGCUACCUUCAACGGGACAGAUUAUCCUGAAGGCAAUAAUUCAAGUGACUAUCUUGUUCAAACAACGACGUAUCUUCCGGAAAACUUCACAUAUUCACCAUACCUCCCCUGUCCAGAAAAACUGCCUUACAUGCGGGGAUUCCUCAAUGUCAAUGUAAGCGAAGUCAGUUUCGAUGAAGUUAAUCAGCUCUUCUCCAAGGAUUUAGAUAUUGAGCCAGGAGGUCACUGGAGGCCUAAAGACUGUAAACCAAGAUGGAAGGUGGCAGUUCUCAUUCCUUUCCGCAAUCGCCAUGAACAUCUUCCAAUUUUUUUCUUGCACCUGAUUCCAAUGCUCCAGAAACAGCGGCUUGAGUUUGCCUUUUAUGUCAUUGAACAGACUGGCACGCAACCUUUUAAUCGUGCGAUGCUCUUCAAUGUGGGCUUCAAAGAAGCUAUGAAAGACAGUGUCUGGGACUGUGUGAUCUUCCACGAUGUGGAUCAUCUACCUGAAAAUGACCGGAACUAUUAUGGAUGUGGAGAAAUGCCACGUCACUUUGCAGCAAAGCUGGAUAAAUACAUGUACAUUCUCCCCUAUAAAGAGUUUUUUGGUGGUGUAAGUGGACUGACUGUGGAACAGUUUAGAAAGAUCAAUGGUUUUCCUAAUGCCUUCUGGGGAUGGGGAGGAGAAGAUGAUGACCUUUGGAACAGAGUUCACUAUGCUGGAUAUAAUGUAACCAGACCAGAGGGAGACUUAGGAAAAUACAAGUCUAUUCCUCAUCACCAUCGAGGAGAAGUCCAGUUUUUAGGACGGUAUAAAUUACUAAGGUAUUCUAAAGAGCGUCAGUACAUCGAUGGGUUGAACAAUUUAUUAUAUACACCAAAAAUAUUGGUUGAUAGGUUGUAUACAAAUAUAUCUGUAAACCUCAUGCCAGAAUUAGCUCCAAUCGAAGACUAUUGAAAGAAGUAGCUCUCGUGGCAAGAUGGACCACAAUGCUGGAUCACGAACAUGAACUUUGUGCUCUCUUAAUGGAGGUCAGCAAUCAGUGUGUCUCAGUGCCCUGAUCUGUGAGAAGAGUCAGCAUUCCUUAGUGUUUACAGUGUGGGACUAUAUACAAUCACCUUCUUCACCUCUCCUCUCUACUACACACACUCCAUGGCAAGCACUGCAGAACCACAAGUGAUUGCUUAAGAUUGGAAGUUGAGAGCUCCCCACAAAGAGAAAAUUUUUAUACUCAAAUCUGUAAUUUAAUUCAAGAGAAUGCUUUUAUUUCUGUUCAAACAUAUUUUGUACAUAUGUGAUGUAAAUUAAUGUGUUUAAAUUGUUGAAAAAUAAGAUGUGCAGUUUGCAUGUAAUUGGUUAUGCCUUGGACUUUUAUAGACAUUUUUAUUUGCAUGAGAAAAACACUGUAAAUUUAUAUCACUAAGCAAAGGUUAACCCUUGUGUGAAAUGAAGGAACUGUCAAUAAUUGACAGUGAAUUAAUAUAGUAAACUGUUAUACUAGUUUUCAGCUUUAGACCUUCAGCCUCCAUGUGGAAGAAGUCACAGCUUUCUUAGGGCUUUAAAGGGAAAGAAGAAAGGACUUACGCAGCUUUCUUCCUGCUAGGAUCACCUAUUUCUUUCCUUGCUUGCAAUUUAAUCAGAUUUUGCUAAAUCACAACCAUAUUGUUUAUGCAUAUUGCAUGAGUAUUACCAAGAAAAUCUUAAAAGUUGUGAUGUGACAUGAUACUAAGGACCUCUUUACGUUAAAUGUUUUUACGUACCUCUGUGUAAGUGUCAGGGAUCCUGUGCCUCAAAAAGUGUUCCCAAGGUUGUGUGUUUACACACUGUAUUUUUUUUAAUUUCAUAGUGAACAGCACUUUUUUAUUAUUUUUCAGUUUAGAAGAGCCAAAAAAAA